GUGCGACGCGCAAUGGGCGGGAUUUCCGGCGUCUCUCUUUGGCGUUCACGUUCGCGACUCUCAGGUGAACCCGCGGAAAGCUGGUGGUGGGUUGAGGCGACCAGCGCCGGAAGGGGCCGUGACGACGUGCUCUGUUCUCGCCCCUCAGAGGCGGGUCUGAGGCUCGGUGGCGGCGCCCAGGGUCGCCCUACCCGCUCUACCCACAGGCUCGAAUGGCGGCGGCCGCGCUGAGGGACCCGACUCAGGACUAUGUGACCUUUGAGGACGUAGCUGUCUACUUCUCCCAGGAGGAAUGGAGAUUGCUUGAUGAGACUCAGAGGCUCCUCUGCCGCAAUGUGAUGCUGGAGAACUUUUCACUUCUGGCCUCUCUGGGACUUGCAUCUUCCAAGACCCAUGAAAUAACCCAGCUGGAGUCAUGGAAGGAGCCCUUCAUGCCUGCCUCGGAAGUUGUGACUUCAGCCAUACCGAGAGGUUGUUGGCAUGGAGCCGAGGCCAAGGAGGCUCCUGAGCAGAGUGCUUCUGUAGGACUGUGCAGUUCAAACGUUCAGCAACACCAGAAGCAGCACUGUGGAGAGAAAUCCUUAAAAAGACAAGAGGGCAGGGUCCCAGUUUUGAGGAGUUGCAAGGUUCAACUAUCAGAGAAGUCCUUGCAAAGCAGGGAGGUUGGGAAGGACCUCCCGACCAGCUCAGUUAUUCUCAAGCACCGGGUGACUCACACGGGAGAGAAGUCACAUAGGAGCUCCAAAAGUAGGGAGGCCUUUCAUGGUGGAAAAAGGCAUUUCAAAUGCAGUGAAUGUGGGAAAGACUUUGGUCAGAACUAUUUACUUGUUCAGCACCAGAGACUACACACUGGGAAAAAGCCUUAUGAAUGCAGUGAAUGUGGGAAGUUAUUUAGAGAUAUGUCCAACCUUUUUAUACACCAAAUAGUUCACACUGGAGAAAGGCCUUAUGGGUGUAGUGACUGUGGAAAAUCCUUUAGCCGUAAUGCUCAUCUCAUUGAACACCAGAGAGUUCACACUGGAGAAAAGCCUUUUACAUGCAGCGAAUGUGGAAAAGCUUUCAGGCAUAAUUCCACACUUGUUCAGCAUCACAAAAUCCACACUGGAGUAAGGCCUUAUGAGUGCAGUGAAUGUGGAAAAUUGUUUAGUUUCAACUCCAGCCUCAUGAAACAUCAGAGAGUUCACACUGGAGAAAGACCUUAUAAGUGCAGUGAAUGUGGAAAAUUCUAUAGCCACAAGUCCAACCUUAUCAAACAUUGGCGUGUUCACACUGGAGAAAGGCCUUAUGAGUGCAGCGAAUGUGGGAAGUUUUUUAGCCAAAGUUCAAGCCUCAUGCAACAUCGAAAAGUUCACACUGGAGAAAAACCUUUUAAGUGCAAUCAAUGUGGGAGAUUUUUUAGAGAGAAUUCCACCCUUGUUAGACAUCAGAGGGUUCACACUGGAGCAAAGCCUUAUGAGUGCAGGGAAUGUGGGAAAUUUUUUAGUCAAAGCUCAACCCUCAUGCAACAUCAGAGAGUUCACACUGGAGCAAGGCCUUAUGAGUGCAGGGAAUGUGGGAAAUUUUUUCGCCACAAUUCCAGUCUUUUUAAACAUCGAAGGAUCCACACUGGAGAAAUGUAUUACAAAUGCAGUGAAUGUGGGAAAGACUUUGGUCAGAAAUAUUUACUUGUUCAGCACCAGAGACUACACACUGGGGAAAAGCCUUAUGAAUGCAGUGAAUGUGGGAAGUUAUUUAGCCAUAAGUCCAACCUUUUUAUACACCAAAUAGUUCACACUGGAGAAAGGCCUUAUGGGUGUAGUGACUGUGGAAAAUCCUUUAGCCGUAAUGCUGACCUCAUUCAACAUCAGAGAGUUCACACUGGAGAAAAGCCUUUUACAUGCAGUGAAUGUGGAAAAGCUUUCAGGCAUAAUUCCACACUUGUUCAGCAUCACAGAAUCCACACUGGAGUAAGGCCUUAUGAGUGCAGUGAAUGUGGAAAAUUGUUUAGUUUCAACUCCAGCCUCAUGAAACAUCAGAGAGUUCACACUGGAGAAAGACCUUAUAAGUGCAGUGAAUGUGGAAAAUUCUAUAGCCACAAGUCCAGCCUCAUCAAUCAUUGGCGUGUUCACACUGGAGAAAGGCCUUAUGAGUGCAGUGAAUGUGGGAAGUUUUUUAGCCAAAGUUCAAGCCUCAUGCAACAUCGAAAAGUUCACACUGGAGAAAAGCCUUUUAAGUGCAAUGAAUGUGGGAGAUUCUUUAGUGAGAAUUCCAGCCUGGUUAAACAUCAGAGGGUUCACACUGGAGCAAAGCCUUAUGAGUGCAGGGAAUGUGGGAAAUUUUUUCGCCACAGCUCCAGUCUUGUUAAACAUCGAAGGAUUCACACUGGGGAAAUACAGUGAUUGUGGGAAAUCCUUUAGCCAGCAUUUCAACCUCAUUCAACACCAGAAAGUUCACAGGGGAAAAAAGUCUUGAAGGUAACAAAUGGAAAUCCAUUAGCUACACUUCCAAACUCAUUCAACACUGGACAGACAGUUCACAGAGUGGACAAUGUAGUGAAUAUGGAGAAAGGCCUCAGCCAAAGGCCUAACCUUAUUCAACACCAGAAAGUUUAGACUGGAGAAAGGCCUUAGACUGUCGCUGAUUCAAUAUGAUUCACCUUGCCGGGCACGGUGACUCACACCUGUUAAUCUUACCACUUUGGGAGGCUGAAGCAGGCGGAUCACAAGGUCAGAACAUCGAGACCAUCCUGGUUAACACGACGAAACCCUGUCUCUGCUAAAAAUACAAAAAAUUACCAGGCAUGGUGGCAGGCACCCAUAGUCCCAGCUACUCAGGAGGCUGAGGCAGGAGAAUGACGUGAACCCAGGAGGUGGAAUUUGCAGUGAGCCGAGAUCGCACCACUGCACUCCAGCGUGAGUGACAGAGCGAGACUCCGUCUCAAAAAAAGAAAAACAGAAAACAAAAACCGGGCGUGGUGGCAGGCACCUGUAGUCCCAGCUACUUAGGAGGCUGAGGCAGGAGAUUCACUUGAACCUGGGAGGCAGAGAUUGCAUGGAGCCGAGAUCACGCCACUGCACUCCAGCCUGGGUGACCGAGCGAGACUUCGUCUCAAACAAACAAAUAAAUAAACAAAAAACCCAGAAACUCUGAGGAUAAUCUUUAUGAGGGAGCUGGCAACUGAAUGUCAUUCAU